AUGUUCCCUGCCGAAAAAAAGGGAGAAUGGGAGCCUCAUAGGAUACGCGGGAGGGUCGUCAAGGUCAGGAAAGUAGUAUCGCCAAAGCCAGCGGCACCAGCGACGGAGUCUUCUGUUCACGCGAGCGAUGAGGGAGCCGCUGCUGCAUCUGGUUCUACUGCGGAAGACAGCUCGAAGCAGGAUAUCGAGAUGAAGGAUGCCGCCGAUGACAAGGCGAAAGAGACUCAGGCUACCGGUGAAAUAGGCGAAAAGCCAGCAGAAGCCGUUGAAGAGACGGAAGAAAUGACCGUGUAUGAGGAAGAUACAAUGUCGGAUGAGGGUGCGGUUUAUGCAUUACACAAUGGAGCCGUGGUGGACUGGUCGUGUUUCUUCGCGCUCCUCACACAUGUAUACAACACCCUGAGCCCGCCUUUCCACACACCAAUGAUAAUAAUUGCACAACCAGUCUGGACGGCCGCAGAUCGAGAGAGGUUGACCCAGUUCGUGUUCGAGAAGUUCAAGACGCCAGCGUUUUGUCUGAUGGACUCUGCCUUGGCUGUCUGCUACGCAUACAAUACCCCUAAUGCUACCGUUGUUGAUGUGGGCCAUGGCAAGGCAGAUGUUACGGCUGUAACAGAUUUCAUAGUGAGCGAACACGGACGAGGAAUAGCCCUGGAAGGGUGCGGUGGUCAAGCAUUGACUGAUAGACUACUGGAACUGCUGGGACCCAAAGGAUUCACCCGUGAAAUGUGUGAAAAAUUGAAGAGGAACCCGAUUUGCGAAAUCCUACCGCCUGGCACUCCGUUACCCAAAGACAAUGGCUCUGACUCGGCGAAUCAAGAGUCUAUCAAACAGGCUCCUGCUCCAGGCAUGGGUCCCGAUAUGCCUAGAGGCCUAGGAAAUGGCGAGAAGGAAGAUGACGACGGCGUGCUAGACGUUGCUAGCAUUGUCAGCAGGGGUAAUGCCAGUGAAUUCAUUGCCAAACGAGAAAAGGAAAAGGCUGAAAAGGCAGCAUCCCGAAAGGGCCAAGCUGCGGAGUCUGCUGCCGCCAGACAAGCCCGUUUGCCAAAUUCAAAGAAAGCAAGGGCUAUUUUCCAUUAUGAAGGGUUAGCAGAGCCACAUGCCGGGGCCAAUGACCAAACACAGCCUACCAAACAAAAGAAGGAGAUUGAAGUAGGGGUAGAGAGACUUAUGGCUGCAACACCUCUUGAAUCAGGUGCUGAUGAGAGGUGUGGCUACAGUAUCUUGGAGACACUUGCAGCUCAGAUCCAUCAUACAAUUCUCUCUGUUCCCGAUGCCUCAACACGCAGCAGUUUGUGGGACUCUCUCAUUAUACUUGGAAACGGCAGCAAAGUAAAAGGUUUCCCUCAAGCACUCCUUUCUACUAUCACACAGAAAUACGUGCUGUCCCCGUCCUCAGGGACUAUAUUUACCUCAGAGAUACCUUCAACCUUCUCAACUCCUCUAGCAACGGGGGCAAACACACCAGCUCAGCCUCAAAACCCAGGUCCUUACCUUCACCCUGCUGCUCAUGGUGUGAACCCGCUGCUUGUAGCUGCUACUCACUCAAAUACCCCCGCAACGCCCAACAAUCUAAACUCCAAUGCUGCUCUCUCUGCUGACCCCAACAUGCUUGCACACCAUAAAUCCACGGGCCAUUCACAAACACCGACAGGAAUCAAACUGCUCAAACCCCCAGAAUAUUUCCCCGAGUGGAAAGAACAAGGCUCAUCAAGUGCGGCCGCUGCGGUCCCCGGUACAAACCCACCAGCAAACACAGACGCUAGCAAUGCGAAUGCGGCAACCGGAGUGGCAUCCGGUUCUAACAACGUUGGCAUGGAAGAGGCAACAUUCCUCGGAGCACAGGUGGCUGCCAAGGUGAUUUUUAUUGUGGACCAGGGUGCUAGCAAGGGUUAUCUCAGUCGUGUCGAGUAUAAUGAUGCUGGUCCAACGGCGAUUCACAAGUAUUGUUUGUAA